AGCAGAACUUAAUACAUAUUAACAAAAGUAGUUUUUGAGUAUAUUGUAUAAAAACAAAAUGUUUAUAGUACAGUGGUGUUUUUUAAAUAAUUAUUAAAAUUUUACUUGAAAAUCCACUAUUAUCGAAUUAGACUAAAAUGCAUCUACAAAAUAUCGUUAACGGUAAUAUUGUUAUUUAGCUUUUAUGAUACAGGAUUGUUUGUUGACAUCGUGUGGGGUUUUCCCACGUGGGUGGUCUAUUUAUUGUGUAUUUUCCAUUCAAGGCGCCAAGGAGUAAUUUGAUUUUGAAAAAAAAAGUGAAUUGCAAGUGUGUUUUAUUUUAAACUUACAUAAAACACAGUAACAUAAUUAUUUUAUUAAUAUAUAACAAUGAAAGUGUUUUUGUUGUUGAUAAUUUAUCCGCAUCUUGUUACUUGCGGAACAAUUCAAAGAAAAUAUUUGGAAGAAUCGCAAUUUUACGAUUCUUUUGAGACUGAAUCGACACCGCAAAAUUACAGCUUUUCGCCUCACAUCCAUCAUAAAGAAUCAAAAAAGACAAAGGAAACGUCACGAUUAAAAUUAUACGAUUUAAAUCUUCCGUACUGCCAGAGAUCUGCGAAAUGCCAAAUUUUAAAUUUCACUACUUGCAUGGGGGCCAAAUUACCAUAUCAUAGCACAACUUUAGACCUUACUGAUUUGAAAAGUCAAGAGAAAGUACAAGAAAAACUACAGUUAUAUAGAUAUUUAAAAUUUAUUCCUAAAUGCUGGGCAGUUAUUCAACCAUUCCUAUGUUCUUUAUACAUGCCUAAAUGUGAAGAUGAUAAAGUGGAUUUACCUUCUUAUGAAAUGUGUAAAAUUACUUUAGAGCCUUGUAAAAUUUUAUAUAACAGUUCGGUGUUUCCCGAAUUUUUCAAUUGUGAAGAUGAACGUUUGUUUCCCAUGAAUUGCAAAAAUGAUAUCCAUGAAGUUAAGUUCAAUACAACAGGUUAUUGUAUGGAUCCAUUAGUAAAGACUGACAAACAAGAAUGGUGGUAUCCUGACGUAGAAGGUUGCGGUUUGAAAUGUAAAGAUUCUCUUUAUACAGAAAAUGAACAUUAUCAAAUACACAAACUUAUAGCAUACUGUACAUUGUUUAGCAUGUUAUCGAAUAUUUUUACUAUAGCAACUUUUGUAAUUGACUGGAAAACGGCCAACAAAUAUCCAGCUCUAGCCAUAUUUUAUGUCAAUGUAUGUUUUUGUAUAUCAUAUGGAGGAUGGUUAGUACAAUUUUUAGGAAGUGAGACUAGGGAGGAUAUUGUUUGUAAAAAAGAAGGAACGUUAAGAAAAUCCGAGCCUUGUGCCACUGAAAAUUUAUCGUGUGUUAUCGUAUUUGUUAUGGUGUAUUAUUUCAUGAUUGCCGGAUUGGUCUGGUUUGUCAUAUUCAGCUAUUCUUGGCAUAUGAAUUCUCUACAAGCACUAGGAAAGAUUCAAGAUAGGGUAGACAGAAAAAGGGCUUAUUUCCAUUUAGUAGCUUGGAGUUUUCCUUUGAUUUUAACAAUUACAACAAUGGCUAUCGGUGAAAUUGAUGGUGACUAUGUGACAGGUAUUUGCUUUGUGGGAUUUGUCACUAAAGCAGCCAGAGCGGGUUUACUUUUAACACCCCUAGCAGCUGCAAUGAUUGCCUCAGGAUAUAUUAUAGUUAAAGGGCUCCUACUACUUAUUAAAGUGAAAAUUGAAAGUAGAGAAAUAAUAUCUGAACAUUCCAGUAGAAAAAUUAGAUCAAAUAUUGUUAGAAUGGGAGUUUUUACUAUUUUUAUGAUAGUAUUUUGCGUAAUUACCUUCGGUUACCAUCAUUACAUUUUUGAAAAUUCAUCGCAAUGGAAUAAAAGUCUACAGGAUUAUAUUUACUGUAAAUUGACAAGUUUGAGUUCAGAUUCUACUCAUUGCAAACAAGAUUCACGUCCUAGUGUAGCAAUGCUACAAUUACAACUGUUGGCAGUCUUCGGAUCCGGUAUAGCGAUGGCUUCUUGGGUAUGGUGUGAUGCUACUUUACAUGCUUGGGGUAGAUAUAUUAGAAAAAAAUUUCAUUGUGAGAUAGAAGAACCAAUGAAACUACAAAAGCACAAAAUAAUCGCUCAAGCUUUUGCUAAAAGAAAAAAGUUCAACGAUGGGGGACAGAUAUCGAUUCUUUGUCAGCACCACACGGAUCCAGUAGGACUCCAGUUUGAAUUGAACAGCGCAGCUAGUAACGAAUUAAGUACAACAUGGGCAGCUAAUUUACCAAGAUUGGUUAAUAGAAGAGGAGCCGUACCGAAUGAAGUCGCUUAUUCGGCAUCAAGUAAUAAUCAUUCGAUGGAUAGUGAAGUCAGUUUAAAUUUCAGACAUGUCAGUAUCGAAAGUAGAAGAAACUCGGGAGAUAGUCAAGUUUCCGUUCAGAUUGCGGAACUGAAAGCUACAAGAAAGGUGAAUUCCAGAAGACACCGAAGCAAACACAGGUCGAAUAGACAGUUCAGAAGUCAUUCCAGGAAUAUAAGUCAAACAUCUAGAAGACUUUCCAAAUCCGGUACAAAACGAGAAAGUAGUACGAGUUUAGAUUCACAUUUACAAAUAAUAAAUGCCUUAACUAAUACCGGGGAAGUUAAAGCGUUUAGACCCAAUUUGAGUAGACGUACUGGCAAUGCUGGACUUGACGGUCCUCAUAUCAAUAAUCUACUUUCAAACGGAAAACUUCGAAUUCCUUGUAACAUAACCAACGGCAAGAGUGGAAGUGAAGAUGAAAAUGUUUCGGUAACCAUAUCGGAAAGUACUUUUAACAUGAAACUAAGUAACCACGCAAACAAUUUAGAUCUCAAUGAUGAACUAGCAUUAAAAUCCCUCAGACAAGGUAUACAUAUCGAAGAAAUCGAUUCUUCCAGUGAUGCAGAUCGAUCAGAAAAAUAUAAUAAAGAUUUCGAACAAGAAAAACGUAGUAAGAAGGGAUCGGGAAGAGAUUCUCAUUCAAGUAAAAGGUCGAGGAGGUCUAAAGUUACAAGGAAGAAGUAUUCCGAAGAUUCAGAUAGUUGUCAUAUAAGAAGCGACAGUUCCUCUUGUUCGGAAAUAAAACAACUUGUCCAGAGUUCUUUAAAUUCCGGAAAUUCUGUUUGCGUCGAUAAAAAUCGAGGUUCGAGACAAUCGAAGACGUCCAUAGAUGUUGCGGUUCAAGCAAAUGCUCAAGAUUUAGAUAACGAACUUAAAAAUAUGAAGAAGACCGAAAAUGAGAAACAUAAAAGUAAACAAACUAAAACGAAAGAAAAUAGAUAUAGGAAGGCGAGGAGAAGCUCGGAAAUCGAAACUAAUAAAAAGAGAAGAAUCUCCAAGGAGAAAUAUAAAAAUUGUGGCAGCUCCCAAGAAAGGGAAUCUCUUAAUAGAGAUACCGAUGAAGAAAAUUUAUUGGAUCGGAAGUGUAAAAUCGAUAUAAAAAAAAUGCAACAAUUAGUUUAAUAUCAAUAGUUGUUGUUGUCCUUUAAUAAGAAUCUAGUUUUACUAUUUUAUUAUUAAAAUUUUGGAGUUUACCUCCGAUGUUACUCUGAUCUCAAA